UCGAGACAGUCGUGUCUUCUCCUACGAAAUUCAUUACGAAUACGGAAGUGUUAACGGAUAUCAUGUUCAAUUGUGUGUGACUUUUAAAUCAAUCAAAUUAAUAAUAAAGUGCAGGUAGUUGAGGAUUUUAAAAACUUUCGCCUGAUUUUUUUUUAAUAGCAAAAGUACUGAAUAAAAAGUUUGCCGGGAAAAGGAAAUAGUGAAGUUUUGAUUUGUUUUGUUUGAAGUAAAAUGUGCGAACAAUUACGUAUUUAGAAAAUGGUGUUACACAAUACCAAGUAUUGGGAAGGAUAAUUCCAUGAUCGCGCUAUCUGACUUGGAACUAAUUGAGAACAUAUUAAAAUGGAACGAAACAACAGAAAUAGAAACAAAACUACUUAUAGAAGACGUAAAAGAAAAAGAAUUCAAUACAACAGAAAACGUUUAUCAUAUAAUAAGGAGUAUAGAUGAAAAAGUUCGUAAUAUAAUUUGCAAUGAUUCAAACAAAAGUGAUAGAACUGGUGAUAAUGUAACAGAUUAUAAUCAUAUGUGUGAUUCGGUUAGUGACUAUGACGUUAUUGAGGUUACUGUUGUUGCUAUACUGUGUCUUCUAAUAGUGGUGACAGUUAUAGGGAACACUUUAAUAAUAUCAGCUGUAGUGACUACGAAGAGGCUAAGGACUGUUACGAAUUGCUUUGUGACUAGUUUGGCUGCGGCUGAUCUACUAGUUGGUAUAUUCGUUAUGCCGCCAGCUAUCGCAGUGCAUAUAAGUGGUAAAUGGGAGCUCGGUUGGAUCCUCUGCGACAUCUGGAUCAGUCUGGACAUUCUGCUCUGCACUGCAUCUAUACUCUCCCUCUGUGCUAUAAGCGUUGACAGAUACCUCGCUGUCACAAGACCGCUUACGUACUCGAGGCGGAGAAGAUCGAAGAAGUUGGCGUUGACUAUGAUCUUCUUCGUGUGGAUAUCUGCUGGCACUAUCACUUGUCCACCAAUGUUUGGAUGGUAUGAACCAGAUCACAACCAAGGUGGAGUCUGUCGCUACAACCAGAACCCUGGCUACGUGGUGUUCUCUGCCAUGGGGUCCUUCUUCCUGCCAAUGAUCGUCAUGGUGUACGUCUACGCGAGGAUAUCCUGCGUGGUGGCGAGACGGCACCAGCAGCUGGCCAGCUCUUCAUCCAAAUGUGGCAAGAAAUCCAACUUGUCAUGUAUACGAACGGAAUCUGACUCAGGUUCAGACAAGCUGUCUCUACGACACAACGCGUCCAAGCAACCAUCCAAGACCUCAACCGCGCUCAGCGAGUCAUCUCUACAGAGCGAACAGAGGUGUCCAUGCUGCUUCCGGAGCGAUAGACGACGACAAUCCAAGUUUAGGUCCAGUCAAGAAAAGGAGUCUCGCUUCUAUGACGUCACAUUCAAGUCCAAUUACAAAUAUAAAGGCACCCAAACGCGCCAUAGGACGUACUCUGUGAAAGAGCACAUGGAAAACCGGGUAUCAUCCUUGCGAAGAGAGACCAAGACCGCUCAAACUCUAAGCUUGGUCGUAGGAGGUUUUAUAGCAUGCUGGUUACCUUUCUUCCUCUACUACUUACUAACUCCUUUUAUCCCAACUAAUUAUGUUAACUCCGUGUUGAUGUAUGUCCUCACUUGGUUAGGAUGGUUCAAUUCGGCUAUCAACCCUUUUAUAUACGCUUUCUAUUCUCCUGAUUUUCGAAUGGCGUUCUGGAGGCUUACUAUUAAAAAGUGCAAGCGGAGUAAACGCAAAAAUUAGGAUAAUACGCAAAGGAGAUGGUCCAUUUCAGGUCCAAUCUUGUACCCCGUAUCAUUAAAAUUUAAUGGUUUAUAUUAAAAUUUAAAUAAGUGAAUAAAUCUAACUACAAUAAAAUAAAAACUCAAAAAUUUAAGUUUUAUUAAGAUGGCGCCCAUAAAGCUGCUAUAAAAUGACAAUAAACAGCAAAUGUCAAAUCGACUACUGCAUUGAAAACGUCAUCAGUCCGCCAUUAUUACCCUUAAUAGUGUUGCAUUUAUUGGGAGAGAAUGAAUAUAGUAAAUUCGUAGAUUUGUAUAAUCAAAAAUAGUUAAAAAUAAACAUUUUCUCUUAUUUCCGCUAGGGUACAAUAACUGAUCCUGGGCUCCAUACAAUUUUGGACCAUCUUCUUUUAGAGUAUUCGUCUUUCUAAAUUAUGGUAAUGGUAUGAUAGUUGAAACAUCAAUUUACAGACAGUAUUAUUGAAGAUAUGUGAAAAACUAUCGCCUAUAACAAGCCAGAAAUUUGCAGGGAAUAUGUGCUAUAUUUGGCUACUUAGCAAUUAACAACCUGAGCCCCAUUCGCACGAGAGUUUUUUUAACGGACGUUAAAAAAGCGUUCAAAUAUAGUUUUGUUGUUCAAGUGAAAUUGCAACACUGCUCGGAAAAAAGCGUCGCAUUUUAAAAACGCAGUCGUGUGAACAUGUACUUGGGAAUACAUUUGUUGUAUUUGAACGCUUUUUAACGUCCUUUAAAAAAAAUCUCAUGCGAAUGAGGGCUGAGGCAUUUGCUUUGAGUUUCAUGUACCGUAAACCGUUUUCAAAGACACUGUUAAUGAUUAAGCUAGAGUUUCUAGAGUUGCCACGAAGUAAACUACUAUCUGGCUACUUCUUCUUCUUCGAGCUUUGGCAGUCAGCUUCGUAAAUUCCUCUCUAUCUUUCGCUUUUUUUAUCUGAUUGUGUAAGUGCCGUAGGGACCCAGCGGCGUCACCGGGGGGUUUGGGCGAGCGCAGAAGCAUCGCCUGAUUUGCCUGAAAGAAAUAAUACAUAAAAUCAAUACAGCAGUAUCUCUUAGAGCAGGAAGAGUAAUAACAAAAUGUUUAUUUCUUUAAGAAAUAUGCUUUUAUUGAGCUCAUUAUUUAACCAGAUCCUUAUUUAUCAUAUUAUCGAAUCAUAUAUAUCUCCCUAAGGGGUUCACGGGGCCGACGUUGUAUUUUUAUUUUUUUUUUAUUUAUUAGCCGGUGAGGAAAAAAUAAUAAUAAUUUUCUUAAAUACGUAUAAUAAAAGCACAAUUUAAAAAUCUAGCCACGUUUCCAAUUAUUUAAUUAUGUAUUGUACACGAUAAUGCGAUGUCAGAAUGUGACAAAAAUUAAUUUACUCCGUUUUCAUAAUAAAAUCUCGCAUGAUAUAUUUGCCGGCAGCUGUUACGUUUGUAAAGGAACGCACGUAAAAUAUUGCUUUCCCUCAUUCGUUUUUAAUAAAUAUUCACACGUCAUGUUAUUUAAUUCUUGUUUUUCCACGAUUUUCCAUGUUUUUUGUCUGUGUAAGGAUUUAUUUCUGUUAGUAUAAAGGACAGUAGAAAAAAAGCAAAUGAAAUAAAAUAAAUGUGAUUAUUUCGUUUCCUGAUUGCAGAUGUAAGCCUUACCUUAGACAAAUGUAUACGAGCCAAAAUAAAAAACUAAGUGUAUAUUAUAUUAUUUUUCAUGUACUUUUUUAAUUAUUUCCCAAUUUAUAUGUGAAAACUUCGCUGGCUUAAUGUCAACAACUAUAUAAGUUUAAUUUUAAGUAAUAUGUAAUGCUGUUUGUUUUCCUUAAUAAAUAAUAAUAAAAAAAAUAGGAUAGUACAUGGCUGACGAGUGAGCACUGACGAGUUUAACGUUAGAGUAAAUCGCUACAGUUACGUAUUAUAUUUGUUUUUUUUUUUUAAAUAUUUGCCAUAUCUAUUUUUUUUUAAUAUGACCAAUAUUCCCAUUCCCCUCCAACUAGUCUGCCCCUGUAGCCCACUUGGCUAGGGGGGCAGGAAAGAUUGUGGUAGGAGUGGGUACGACAAUAGACCAACGGGGCGAGGGUCGAACCACCACCCCUCAGUGAUGAGUCCGACCGCUCUUACCGUUGAGCUAUUGAGGUUCAGUAUUGUGAAAAUAACUUAAUUAAAGUUAUAAUAACCUUAAGAUUACGUGUCUUUAAACCAAAAAUAUUAAUUUAAUCUAGUCUGAAACUCUAGUCAAAUUAAAUUUAUUUUUAAGCGAUGUUUUCUGACCUCAGACCGUUAUGUUAUGUUAUGUAACGUUACGUUACGUAACGUGAUAUUAUGUUAUGUUAGUGUAUGUCAUUUUAAGUGAGUCCUAUCUUAUUCAAGUAAGUGAUGACACUCCUGCGUUUCCAUUAGAGAACCCAAGAGCUUGCACAUGAUUAGUAAUUAGGGCAGGCACUAUAAGAACACUCUCUCUUCAUUUCUGGUAAGAUCCCAAAAUCCUGUAAGGCGCUGUCUAUUUUAGUUCAGGUUUUAGCCGCGAGACUUCUUUCAUGAAAAGGGCUCAACUCCUUUAAAAAAAAACACACGUCAAGAAAUUACACAAACCAAAUUGUACAUGAACUUUACAAUGUACAGUAUUAUACUCGAUAUAACAUUCGUAGAACUUAGGUAGUUAAAUAACAUUUAAACUUCUGUAAUAUAAAUUUUAUGACGUAAUAGUAUUUAUUAUUGUAAAAAAUUGUAAUACUAAAUAUUAGAUAUAGUAUAUCACUAAUUUUAGAUCUGUGAUAGCCCAGUGGAUAUGACCUCUGUCGCCGAUUCUAAGGGUGUGGGUUCGAAUCCGGUCCGGGGCAUGCACCUCCAACUUUUCAGUUGUGUGCAUUUUAAGAAAUUAAAUAUCACGUGUCUCAAACGGUGAAGGAAAACAUCGUGAGGUAACCUGCAUACCAGAGAGUUUUCUUAAUCCUCUGCGUAUGUGAAGUCUGCCAAUCCGCAUUGGGCCAGCGUGGUGGACUGUCGGCCUAACUCCUCUCAUUCUGAGAGGAGACUCGAGCUCAGCUGAAAGUUUUAAUACUAAAUGUUAUUACUAGGAAUAUGUUUAGGGUAGUAUUUAAUUUAAAAUAAGAAAAUCCAAUAUUUAAUAAUCUGGUUUUUGUAAAUUGGGCUGACAAACUUCUUCUUCUUAUAGGCAUACUUUAUGUCAGAAUCCUGGUCUAUCUAAUAAGUAUGCACAUUUACAGUUCGUGCGCUGUAGCAUGGUGUGGGUGUCAGUUUGUUUGACUCUUGAAAGUUUGUCGCGAUUUACGGUACCUAUUAUGAACGUCAUAAAUCAACUGUCACCCGCACCAUGCUACGGCGCACAAAUAAUUAAUGUAUUUAGAUGUGAUAACUUCAUAUGGGAGGGUAACGCUUGGUAACGUAACGCGUUACAGCUGAAGUUGGCAAGUUUGACACUUGCACAUGACAGAGCGAACUUCAGACUGAUCUUACGACCACAGAUAAUUUUAAAAGUUUCCAUGUUGUUUCUGUAUGUUUUUCACACGUCUCCGACAAUAGAGGUUUCUUAAUUAAAUAAUUAAUUCAUCAUAAUCAUUAACAGCCAAUGGACAUAGGCCUCUUGAAAGGACCUCCAAACAAAACGGUCUCGAGUCGCCAGCAUCCAGCGGCUCCCUGCAACCCGCCUGAUAUCCUCGGUCCAUCUAGUGGGGGGUCGACCAACACUGCGCUUUCCGGUGCGGGGUCGCCAUUCCAGCACCUUGGGACCCCAACGUCCAUUGGCUCUACGAACUAUGUGGCCCGCCCAUUGCCACUUCAGCUUCGCGACUCGCUGAGCUAUGAUAGUGACUUCGGUUUGAUCUCCUCAUUUCUGAUUCAAUCACACAGAGAAUAAUUAAUUAGAUUCAAUUAAUUAAAGCAAAUAGUCUGGCAAGGUCGUUGAUAACACUCCAAUAAUAUGCGGGCGACAGGGGGAAAGACUGCGCGAGUGUGGAAUCGUGCGUGCGGGGAAGUGACGUGCAUUAGUCGUGGGUUUCAUUCAACGCUACACGCCCGCCGGAGAGAGGGAGUGUUAUGAACGAAGUUGCCAAGCUGUACUUUAAGUUAUCACUUUUGUCAAGACGUUCCUAGACGCACACGUUUUUUUAUUGUAUACGGUAAAUUUAAAUGCACUCACUUCUACUAUUUCUAAUGUAUAUAAUAUAAUACAAGAAUUAUAGAUUCUAGUCAGUUAGAUUUAAAAAUUUUGUGAUAUACGAAAUAAAAUUUUAAUUAUUUACAUA